AGUUUUUUCACGUGAGUAAUUUUUUUGGUUUAAAUUUUUUUCAAAAUUUUUUUACGAUUCUUUAAAAAAUGCAAUGUUGUUCCCUAGAAUUCCACUACAAUCUCAUAGUUAAAUAUUAUGAAAUGUUAACUAUAGAAUCAAAUUACUUACUGAUUUAAAGAUAUUGUGCUAUAAUUUAAAUUUUACAGGAAAUUUACAGAAGAUUGAACUUCACUCGCCAUCUUCGAACAAUUUUAAUAACUCCUCGGGAAAUUGACAGAUAACUGUCAAGUUUUUUGGAAGUAGGAAACUAUUUUGUAACUAACAAAAAUAUUGGUAAGCCUGCAUACUGCUUUGUGGCAAGUGUCAAAAGUAAAGUGACGUUGACAUUUGAAGUGUGAAUUGCGACUAACAUAGGAUUGCUUGUUGUUUACGCCAGAUUCGUUUAAAAAGUUAUUUAUAUUUGGUGAUUUAUACCUAAACUAACGAAUUGAUUUAUAAAUUAUGUAGUGCAUUUUAAUAAGGAACAAAGAGAAUUAAAUAGUUUAGUGUCCAAUGUAGACUCCACCAUGUUGCUUGUUUGACAGCCUUGGCAAGCAGUUAAAGCUCGUAAUUUUGCGAAAAAUCCACAAGGAAUAAGACACUAUUUAUAAGUAUUUGAAACGGUACUUAAUUACAACAUCAUUUAAAUUUUAAUAAAAAAGGAAUGUUUCAUGAUACAAAUACAUGAAAUUAACAAGCGCGCCUAUUUUGCAGAAUGGUAACCCUAACCUCAAUACCACUGUUUUGGUUUCUAAAAUUCUAUAACAGUGCGGUUUCCAUUAUAUUUAUCAGUGCUCAUAAAUUCAAUAUUGAAAUAUUUUAAAAUUGGUUUAGGACUAACUAGUGAUUAAUGUAGUUUUGGACAAUAAUAUGGAACAAGUUGUUGCCCCCCAGAAAGAUGGAAAAGAUACCGAGUCACCAAUGAAAGAUAAACUAUUCGAUCCUUCUAUUGAUAUGCUAGUAAAUGAUUUCGAUGAUGAACGCACACUAGAAGAAGAAGAAGCUUUAGCAGCAGGUGAAUUCCAAGAUCCAGAUGCUGAACUAUCCAGUUUACAGAAGGAGAGUAAUAUGCCUUUAGAAGAAUUGUUGGCCCUGUAUGGUUAUAGAGGUGAAAAUCAAGAAAACGAAAGUCCAGAAGAGGAGAAAGAAGAGGAAGAACCACAGCAACAUAGUCCAGAGAUGUCGGAACCAAUAGAAGAACAGGAAAGCGAACCUUCUCCACCUGAGGAACCAUCAAAAUUGAGCGCUCUUUAUGAACCAAUGCCUGAAACAGAUCAAGAUGAAUCUCGCCUCUUACGGUCGGUAUCAAGGGUUAGUGAGGAGGAAGAAGAAGAUUACGACUAUAGUCCCGAUGAAGAGGACUGGAGAAAGGUUAAUAAGACUAUAAUGGUAGGAAGUGACUAUCAAGCCCAGAUUCCGGAAGGUUUGUGCCAUUAUGAUGAUGCUCUCCCAUACGAAAAUGAAGAUAAACUGUUGUGGGACCCGUCUGUGAUGUUAUGUAGUGAAGUAGAAGAUUUUUUGAAGAAAGCUUCAGCUAUUACGAAACCGCCUAUUCCUACUGGUACUCAGCUAAGAGAUGAUGAGCAGGCCUUGUAUCUUCUGCAACAGUGUGGACAUAACGUCGAAGAAGCGCUCAGGAGAUUGAGAAUGACGGUGCCUGCUAAUCCUUCGGAAACUAUGAACGAAUCUCUCUGGUCUGAAGAGGAGUGUCGAAAUUUCGAAUCUGGUGUAAGGUGUUACGGAAAAAAUUUUCACAAAAUCCAGCAGGAUAAGGUCAGAACAAGGUCUGUUGGUGAGCUUGUUCAGUUUUACUACCUCUGGAAAAAAUCAGAAAGACAUGACAUAUUUGCAAACAAGGCGAGGUUAGAGAAGAAAAAGUAUGCCCUUCACCCAGGUUUGACAGAUUUUAUGGAUAGGUUUUUGGAAGACCAAGACAGUCGAGACAGAAGUUCAUCUCCAAAUGUACCUUGCGGUGGUAAUGGGAAACCCCCUCCUGAUACUUGAUCUCUAUUAUACAGUUAUUGGUUAUAUAAGCAACGUCAGGAUGAUUAGUGCAAUCUAGCACAACAAAAUUCAUUUGCGUCAAUGCCUGAUUUGUAUUAAGGCUUUAGUGGAAACGUUAUUAAAUUUAUUUAAAUUCUGCACUGUCGGUUGUAACUUCCUAAAUUUUCAAAUUUACUAUAUUCUUUUACAAAUGCACAAGUACAAGUUGAGGAAAACAGUGCAGCAGUUUAAUGAUUAAUUGAUUACUGAUAAAUUCAGUACAGAAGCGUUUAAUCCAAAAAUUGCAGAACUUAUUUAUUUUAAUAGAUAUUUUGACAAUGCAAAUAUUACAAUCUACAUUUAAAGGCUGAUAGAUUGACUGACAGCAUUUCAUAAAUGUAAUGAUAUUUAAAACGUUGUUAUUACAUAUCAAUGAUAGAAAAGUGUCCCAUCAUCUUAUUUGUGCAAUUAUGUAAAAAGGUUAAAUUAUUUUUAUAAGUGCAUUGUGAUUACUGUGAAUGUUUUAAUUCUUCUAUUAAAAAACACUUACUUCAUUUUAAAUAUAUA